AUUUGCCAGGGAACGAGGUGGAGUACGAGGAGGUGCUGGAGAAGGCAAGCAGGCACGGGGAAACCUCAGUGAGAGUGCUUUUACAUCCAGUGCCAGUGUUAAAGCCAGUGUCGUCGCCGGAGCUUAUAACGAGCGUAGUUCUUGCGCAGAGUUUAUUGCCGACAGUUGGCGCGAUCUUGUUUGCCGUCGCUUCGCGUCGCUAUCUCGGCCCGUAUCAUAUCGUCAUGUCGUAUCGCCACCGUGCCCCCAUUGGGUGUUUAGUUACAGUUCCUGUUCCUGUUCCUGCGACGGUACUCGGCACACUCUUACUAAAUACUCCUCAUUAAGGAAAUUCAUUUAGGAUUUUUGUGAAGAAAAUAAGCUUAUGAAUAGUAUUAAAGGAUAGUGAAUCAAUAACUUACCAUAAACAAAUAUGUAACACUGUGAUGUGUUAAGCAAAACAAAACCAAUUAUUGUGUAAUAAUGCCCAGGCCCUCGCGAGAAUCCUACGGCGAACAGAAGCCCCCGUAUUCGUACAUUUCGCUAACGGCCAUGGCCAUCUGGAGUUCCCCGGAGAAAAUGCUACCGCUCAGCGAUAUAUACAAGUUUAUCACAGACCGAUUUCCGUAUUACCGCAAGAACACUCAGCGAUGGCAGAAUUCGCUAAGGCACAACCUCAGCUUCAAUGAUUGCUUCAUAAAGGUACCCCGACGGCCGGACAGACCGGGAAAAGGAGCCUACUGGGCCCUUCAUCCGCAGGCCUUUGAUAUGUUCGAAAACGGGAGUCUGCUCCGGCGGAGGAAACGCUUCAAGUUGCACAAGAACGACAAGGAUCUGCUCAACGAAGAGCUGACUGCCCUGGCAAACCUCAAUAGAUUCUUCUUUACCACCCGGAAUGGAGGCAGUGCGUCGCAUAUGUCACCGCUGGACAUGAAUAGUCCCGCAAUGAGAAUGGAUCCCUUGCCCAGGGCUACGAAUCAUAUGCCCAACUCCCUGGGUCAAGGUGUGCCUAUGCCGCACGUAAUGCCCGGCUCCAUGUCCAGUGCGGAACACACAAAUCUCUCGGACAUGGGUCUGUCCAAUCUGCCCGCGCUAACCAGUUCCGAUAUCGAGGGACCAUUGAGCCUGCGACCUAAAAGAUCCUUCACGAUAGAGAGUCUGAUUACGCCGGACAAACCGGAACAUCCUUCGGAGGACGAGGAUGAUGAGGAUGACCGUGUGGAUAUUGAUGUGGUGGAGUGUAGUGGUAUCAGUCGGUAUCCCACAACGCCCGCCGCCUCGGAGGAAUAUUUGUCCGCCAGUCGAUCCAGCCGGACCGAAGAUCCCCUGCCGCCGAUGCACACAAUAAACGCCGGUGCCCAUGUGCCCUUCCUGCACUACGCCACGGGUGCCAGUGUGGCCGGUUUGCAGGCCUCGGGGAUACCCAGCAGUCCCACCACCUACGAACUGGCCAUCUCGCAUCCGCUCUUCAUGAUGGCGGCGCCCAUUGCCAAUAUGCAUAAUAUAUACUACAAUAACGUAACCCUCGUCGCCCCGGCUCAGCAAUAUCGGACACCCGAGGUCCAGAAUAGAAUAGACAACGACAUGCGUACGAUAUAGAUAUAUGAUAUAGCCGGAUCCAGAGACACGCACACACCUAUGUAUAGCAUUAUUUAUGAACGAUAUAUGUAUAUCCAUCCAAACGUAGUUCCUUUUGUAUUAAGAUUAAUUGUAAUAGGACCAAAACAUAUAUAUAUAUAGACGAGUAUAUGGUAUACUUUCCUAGGCAUAGAUGGCAUGUACAUAGAAGCUUGUUAUACAAAUUUGAUUAGCUUGUAUUACAUAUCCGUACUAGUAAAUUAUUUAUUUUAUUUGUAUCAAACUUAGUGCAUAAAUCGAUCAUUUUGUGAAGAAUAUAAACAUUUAAAUAACUGAACAAAAAAAGUGUUUUCAAAUCUACAAAAGUUAGCACUGGGCAAUGACUGAGAUCAUGAGCGUAAGUAAGGUUCAGUGAUCACCGAUAUUUACCUUAGUUUUCCAGUUUUUCUAACUGCAGGAUCAGACUUAUUAGCUUUGUGUGUCAAUUUCUAGGUAAAAUAUGAAGUGUGUUCAAUAAGAAAAACAUAUUUUUGCGAGGUUU